AUAAUCCAUCAUGAUAGAAACCCUAGACUAUCCCAUACACAAGGGAUCAGAGUAAUCCUAGAGAAGCCAUUAAAAUCGCGUACAAAAAAAUCAAUCCAUUUGUUAGAAAAGAUGAGCCGAAUUUGAGUUAAUUGGUAAAAUUCGAUUCUAUAUAUAUCUCGAAGGAGUGCGUCGGCAGGAAUAGCAACAGCAACAGCAGCAGCAGGCUCGAAAAAAUCUAGCAGGGAUUGUUAUUUGCGGGGGUGGGAAAAUGGAUUCUUUGGAUGCAGACAUAGCCAGGAUUCAGGAGGAAAGACGGAAGAAGGAACAGGAAAUGGCGGCACUCUCUGCCGUCACUUUUGACAAGGAUUUAUACGGGGGAAACAACAGGUUUGAGGGUUAUGAACGUUCUAUUCCAGUAAAUAACGAGGAGGAGGAAGAAGGGGACGCGGCAGAAAGAGAAAUUGCGAGAAAAUUGGCUUCUUACACGGCUCCCAAGUCUUUGCUUAAGGAAUUGCCACCGGGCGGGGAGGAUGACGAUCUAGGAUUUAAGAAGCCGCAGAGGAUUGUUGACAGAGAAGAUGAUUACAGAAAACGGAGGCUUAAUAGAAUUAUUUCCCCCGACAGAAAUGACGCCUUUGCCAUGGGGGAUAAAACCCCAGAUGCCGCAGUUCGAACCUAUGCGGAUGUUAUGCGGGAAGAGGCCCUGAAAAGGGAGAAAGAGGAAACGUUGAGGUUGAUUGCUAAGAAACGUCAGGAGGAGAAGGAGAAGGGGAAGGAGGAUGGGGUGGUUCAGCAGGAUGCGGCACAAGCGAAGAGGAGAAACAGAUGGGAUCAGGCUCAGGAGCAGGAAAAUGCGGCCAAAAAGGCCAAGAUUUCUGCUUCAUCUGAUUGGGAUGCCCCUGAUGCCACUCCUGGGAUUAGUAGAUGGGAUGCUACACCUACCCCUGGAAGGGCCAAUAUCGAUGCUACUCCUGCAAUUAACAGGCGUAAUCGAUGGGAUGAGACACCCACUCCGGGGAGGCUUGUCGAUGCUGAUGCAACCCCUGUUGGAGGGGUCACACCAGGGGCAACUCCUGCAGGUAUGACUUGGGAUGCUACGCCUAAGCUUUCUGGAUUGGCUACUCCAACGCCCAAGAAGCAAAGGUCCAGGUGGGACGAGACCCCAGCCACCAUGGGCAGCGCCACACCAAUGGCAGGCGCGACACCAUCUGCAUUUACGCCAGGUGUUACUCCCAUGGGUGGGAUUGAUCUGCCUACACCUACGCCCUCUGCAAUCAAUCUGAGAGGUGCCUUUACUCCAGAGCAGUACAAUUUGCUCAGGUGGGAGAAGGAUAUUGAAGAGAGGAACAGGCCUUUGACUGACGAGGAGCUGGAUGCCAUGUUUCCACAGGAGGGGUAUAAGAUUUUGGAGCCUCCUGCUUCUUAUGUGCCUAUUAGAACGCCUGCAAGGAAGCUCCUUGCGACGCCCACUCCGCUAAUGGGGACACCACUGUACAGCAUUCCUGAAGAGAAUCGGGGUCAGCAGUUUGAUAUUCCAAAAGAGGUUCCCGGUGGGUUGCCCUUCAUGAAACCAGAAGAUUAUCAGUACUUUGGAGUGUUGUUGAAUGAGGAUGACGAGGAGGAGCUUUCACCUGACGAACAGAAAGAGCGCAAGAUAAUGAAGUUGUUGCUUAAGGUGAAGAAUGGUACUCCACCUCAGAGAAAGACAGCUCUAAGGCAGCUUACUGAUAAGGCGAGGGAGUUUGGUGCUGGGCCUCUUUUCAAUCAGAUUUUGCCUUUGCUGAUGUCCCCAACACUCGAAGAUCAAGAGAGGCAUCUCUUGGUAAAGGUGAUCGAUCGAGUUCUUUACAAAUUAGAUGAAUUAGUUAGGCCAUUUGUGCAUAAGAUUCUUGUGGUUAUUGAACCCCUUCUUAUAGACGAGGAUUAUUAUGCCCGUGUGGAAGGGAGAGAAAUCAUCUCCAAUUUGAGUAAAGCUGCAGGACUGGCCACCAUGAUUGCUGCUAUGAGACCUGAUAUUGAUAAUAUUGAUGAAUAUGUUCGAAACACAACUGCAAGAGCAUUUAGUGUUGUUGCUUCUGCAUUGGGAAUUCCAGCACUUCUGCCUUUUUUGAAGGCAGUGUGUCAAAGUAAGAAGUCGUGGCAAGCUCGACACACAGGAAUAAAGAUUGUCCAGCAAAUAGCUAUUCUCAUGGGUUGUGCUGUUCUUCCACAUUUGAGAUCACUAGUUGAAAUCAUAGAGCACGGUCUUAAUGACGAGAAUCAAAAAGUGAGAACAAUUACUGCCCUGUCCCUUGCUGCACUUGCAGAGGCUGCAGCACCUUAUGGUAUCGAGAGUUUUGAUUCUGUCCUUAAACCUCUGUGGAAGGGUAUUCGAUCGCAUAGAGGUAAAGUUCUUGCAGCCUUUCUGAAGGCAAUUGGGUUUAUUAUACCUUUAAUGGAUGCUAUGUAUGCAAGCUACUAUACAAAGGAAGUCAUGGGCAUCUUGAUCCGUGAGUUUCAGUCUCCAGAUGAAGAAAUGAAGAAGAUUGUUCUGAAAGUUGUUAAACAGUGUGUUAGCACAGAGGGUGUUGAAGCAGAUUACAUCAGGGCAGAAAUACUUCCUGAAUUUUUCCGAAAUUUCUGGGUUCGGAGAAUGGCUUUGGAUCGCAGGAACUACAGACAGUUGGUAGAUACAACUGUCGAGAUAGCCAACAAAGUAGGAGUUGCAGACAUUGUGGGAAGGACGGUUGAAGACCUCAAGGAUGAAAGUGAACCAUACCGUCGCAUGGUAAUGGAGACAAUUGAAAAGGUAGUUGCCAACUUGGGGGCUUCUGAUAUUGAUGCUCGCCUAGAGGAAUUGCUUAUCGAUGGUAUACUUUAUGCUUUCCAAGAACAGACCAGCGAUGAUGCAAAUGUGAUGCUGAAUGGAUUUGGUGCUGUAGUGAAUGCCCUAGGUCAGAGGGUCAAACCGUAUUUGCCUCAAAUUUGUGGUACCAUUAAGUGGAGACUGAAUAACAAGAGUGCAAAGGUCCGUCAGCAAGCUGCAGAUCUUAUAUCCCGAAUUGCUGUUGUUAUGAAGCAGUGUCAAGAAGAGCAGCUCAUGGGACACUUGGGUGUUGUGCUUUAUGAAUACUUGGGAGAAGAAUAUCCAGAAGUUUUGGGAUCCAUUUUGGGGGCAUUGAAGGCUAUAGUAAAUGUUAUUGGUAUGACCAAGAUGACUCCUCCAAUUAAAGAUCUGUUACCACGCUUGACUCCAAUUCUCAAAAAUAGACAUGAAAAGGUUCAGGAGAAUUGUAUAGAUCUUGUGGGCAGAAUUGCUGACAGGGGAGCUGAAUUUGUACCCGCUCGAGAAUGGAUGAGAAUUUGCUUUGAACUUCUUGAGAUGCUGAAAGCGCAUAAGAAGGGUAUUCGAAGGGCAACAGUGAAUACGUUUGGAUACAUUGCAAAGGCAAUUGGACCACAGGAUGUGCUUGCUACUUUGUUGAAUAAUUUAAAGGUACAAGAACGUCAGAACCGUGUCUGUACAACAGUAGCUAUUGCUAUAGUGGCAGAGACUUGUUCUCCAUUUACUGUUCUUCCAGCCCUCAUGAAUGAAUAUCGUGUGCCAGAGUUGAAUGUUCAAAAUGGUGUUCUCAAGUCACUUUCAUUUCUUUUUGAAUAUAUAGGGGAGAUGGGUAAGGACUAUAUAUAUGCAGUGACACCUUUGCUUGAAGAUGCACUGAUGGACCGAGAUCUUGUGCAUAGGCAAACAGCAGCCUCCGCAGUGAAACAUAUGGCUUUAGGUGUUGCAGGGCUUGGCUGUGAGGAUGCUCUGCUACACUUAUUAAAUUAUGUAUGGCCGAAUAUAUUUGAGACAUCACCUCAUGUCAUAAAUGCUGUCAUGGAAGCCAUUGAAGGGAUGCGUGUUGCUCUAGGAGCUCCUGCGGUUCUCAAUUACUGUCUCCAAGGUUUAUUUCACCCAGCAAGAAAAGUUCGUGAGGUCUACUGGAAGAUUUAUAACUCACUUUACAUCGGAGCUCAAGAUGGUCUGGUAGCUGCUUAUCCCGGUUUAGAAGAUGACUCUAAUAACGUGUACAGCCGGCCAGAGCUGAUGAUGGUUGUUUAGAUUACAAACAGAAUGCAUGUGCUGUGAGAGUGUUUAACCCUUGCUCUCACGCAUAUCAUCUAACGGCUAUAUCAAAUUUGUUUGACAAGCCUUUGAUCUUUUUCAUUAGCUACUUAAGCAACCUUGCUUGUAUAAAUAUGCUGCCUUUACCUGACUUGUGUAUAACUGUUUUUUGGUCCAUUUUUUUUGGUUACUCUCAAUGCACUGAUUAGCAAGAUUUCUUCAUUUCUUA